AUGUAUUCAAAUUAAUAUCCGUAAAUUAUUGUUGCAUAAUAAUAUUUUUUAUACUUUAUUAAGAAUAUAAAACAAUAUAAAGUAGAAUUCCUCACGCUUUUUCCACUCUGCCUUCCUUAAAUCAGAUUCAUAAUCAAAAAGUCUAAAUUAAUACUAACAUUUUAGCAAUGUCAAGUUGGGCUUACAAAAAUCUUAUAAUAAGGAUUUGCUUUAAGAAGUUCUCCUUAUUAAGAAUGCAUCAUCGACUGUUAAGUUUUGAAUAAAAUUUAAUAAUAAUCAUGAAAUAAACUGUACAUAAAAUAAUCAAAAUUAUCACUAUGGGAAGAGUUUACUAAUUUUGCAAUACAAUUUAAAGCUCCGUAAUGAAAUCAACAUAAAUGUUAUAUUCAGUAUGAUUCAGAAAUAUUAAAGGACAAUUUAGUUUGCUCAACACCUUCACUAUAUAAUUAGCC